AUGGAAACUUCAGAACCCGUACCACCAAAAAAGAGAAUCAACCUUCUGCUGGUAGCAUCUGGCUCAGGCCUCUGCUCACACCUCUGGUUCUGGAGACGGGUUGCUGGAAUUUUGAUUGCUGUUUCUGCGAUUGUCCUCUUGAUGUGGUUUAGCUUGCGUCUUCCCAGAUUGCCUCACCAGGAGCCAUGCCAUGAUGACUGGCUAUACUACAGAAAGAAAUGUUAUUACCUCUCAGAAGAUCAAGCAGACUGGGACUCCAGUCAGAGCUUCUGCUCUGCACAUGGGGCUUCUCUUGCUGUGAUUGAAAGCCAACAAGAAAUGAAUUUCAUAAUGAAUCGAAUGCGCACAAGAGACUCUUGGAUUGGGCUGCGCAAGAAAGGAGCCAAGUUCUACUGGGUGAAUGGAGAGACACUUAAUACGAGUCUAUUUCCUGUACACCUAUCAGGUCAUGAAGAAUGUGCCCACACAGAUUCAAUCUCCAUUUCUACAUCAGAGUGCAGGUUACUCAGGAAUUGGCUCUGCAGUGUGGGUCUGCCUCAGUCCAGCACACUUUCUCCAUAG